AUGCACAUCAAAUAUUUCGGCGAAGCAGCUCUUUUGGGGAUCCAAUCUCUUCAUAAGUCAUUUUUUUGCUUAUAUUCCACAUCGACGGUUGUGACCACAAUAAGCAGACGACGGCAAUUGUGGCGUGUGGAUUAUAACAAUCCUUUUCUCGAGAUACCUCAGGCUUGGGUCACGACUUUAAGUUCUGUUGAGGAAGAACGGGUUGAUUUAAUUGAUCUACACCCAACUGUAUUUCGUACAACCCCGCGUUUAGAUUUACUACAUCGUAAUGUAAAUUGGCAAUUAGUUUAUCGUAAUGUGCAGUUAACGAAACAACUCAGUAAGGCAGAAAUGCCAGGCGGUGGUCGUAAACCUUGGCCGCAGAAAAAAACAGGUCGUCAUCAUGCUGGUUCAAUUAGAGCUCCAGGUUUCAUUCGAGGCGGAUUUGCCAGUGGUGUCAGAGGUCCAAAGACUUGGUUUUAUAUGUUGCCUGAUGAUAUUCGCUUGCAAGGUCUUUGUACGGCAUUAACGAUUAAACAUGUUCAAAAUGAUUUAGUUAUAGUUGAAGAUUUUAAUAGUUUGCCCAACAGUGAUCCGCAAUAUUUGCAUGAUCUUGCAGAUAUGCGAAAUUGGGGUUAUUCUGCAUUAUUCGUCAAUGAUAGCGCUGAGGUACCUUCCAAUUUGGUUGAUGUAUGCGAACAAAUUCCAUCUUUCAAUGUAAUGCCAGUAUAUGGUCUUAACUGUUAUAGCCUUGUGAAAUAUCAUACUGUCAUUCUUUCACGAGCAGCACUUGAUCUUUUGGAGUCGCGAAUAUUAACUCAUUUUUAUCGAGCAAAAAGUCUUCAGAAAAAAUAUCGCUAUGCUGAUUUUAAACGGUUAAUUUUAUGUGAAGGUGAAGACGAAGAAGAUCCAGUUCACGCCCCUUAUGUUUAA